AUGUUUCGGUGUCUUCCAUGGCGUUGUAACCGCCAAGUAGAUUUUCUUGAUCGCAGUCACUGUAGCCUUACCUUCGUACCUGAUGAAGUUUACCGCUAUGAUAGAUCUUUGGAAGAGCUGUUGUUAGAUGCUAAUCAAAUCAAAGAUCUUCCGAGGGUAAUAACAUAGCUUCUUGAAAUCGAUUGGAGUAAUGGAGGCAUUUAUAACAUGCACUUUUUCUUCUCUGCAGCCGUUCUUUCGCUUGUAUAAUCUGCGUAGAUUGAGUUUGAGCGACAACGAGAUCGCGCGCUUGCCUCCAGAAGUCGGGAAUUUAGCAAACCUUCAAGAAUUUGACAUCAGCCGAAAUGGUAAGAUAUACCUCCUUUACACCUUAUUGAGAUAAAUAUUUCAUUGAAAUCCUCUAAGAACGCAGAAGGUAGUGUAGUGUUUGUGUGUUCUUUAAGCGGGCGCCCAUUUGUAUGGUAUGAUUCGGUAUGUGAUAUAAAUGUUGAUAUUGUUCAUUCUUGAUCUUACACUUUUGAGUAAUCGCAUGCUGCUGUAACUGAUAUAAAAAUUUUUAAACCACACCUCAGUGAUAUAUAUUCUUUUUCGUCCUUCUCUUUGCUGUAUAGAUAUCUGUGACAUACCGGACAAUAUUAAAUUCUGCAAGAGUUUGAUCAGUUUGGACCUCAGCGGUAACCCCGUGUCGAAGUGAGUUGUGUGUAAUAAUCAUCAUCUACACUGCGAGAUUUUCUCGUUUAAUACAUUGAAAGAAAACACUUUGAGACUUAACUUGUGCUUAUGAAGUAUUUUAGCCUUUGGUAUUUCAAAAGACAGCCUCAACUGGUCAUACUAUCUUUACGAACUUUUGUUUUUUUUAUGUCAGCCACGUAAGUUAAAAACUUGUCGAUCUUUCCUUCUUCCGCACGUUAUUUAUGUUAGGGUACAUGCUGUACUACCAGUGCGAUGGUCAGCACUCAUAUUUUAGUAGUACUUUAUUAGAAUUCAGUGUUUGGAGAGACUAAUGUGACUUUUUAUAUGUGUUUGGUGUGAUAAUAUUAUCAUUUGGAAGUCUUCUUGAUUUUUGGGAGUUCCAAUUUCGUGUCCACCUCUCGCGCAAAAUCACAAUCUCAGACUCGAACCGAUUUUCUAAUGAUCAAUCAGGGAGGAUUUGAACGUUCCAUUUAUCUGACUUUGUGUCGCCUUCCUCUUCUGUUGUGAGAUUUACCCGAAAGUAUCGUGAAGCAGACAAUAGCAUUUUUCGCAAAUAAAUCGUGUUUAACACUUUCUGCAAACGUAAUAAUCUCAACGCUUGAUCCAUGUCUGUACGUAGACAAAACUUCGAUGAGUGAUUCGUGAAGAUUUGCAAACCAUGUUGUUCUAGAGUAGAUGAUGUCUUGUGACUCCUCAUUACCACUCUCGAAUUUUCAUUUCAUGAUUAUUGCUUCCUGUAUAUUUUUGGUGGCCACUCUUAUUCUCGUUGUAUCAAUUUUUAUUUAACAUUACGCCUGUGAGGGAAUUUAGCUUGUUUGUUUGCGAGUUUGGAUCAACAGCUGCACGAGUUUCGUUUGUGGAGAAAGUUAGUGUAGGUGUUGCAGCUUGUAGAUUUGCAUGGAUUUGGUAAGAAACUUUCUCCACCAUGUCUAUAGCGGAACUAUCGGAAAUGCCAUGAUGUUAAUUUUGUCCAUGGAUUUCAUUUCAUGUUGUAAUCGAUUUACACUAGAGCUAAUAAAUUUUUUACAAACGUCUUUCCAUUUGAAAUAAAAUUUGAUCUUAGGAUUGUUUAGAUUUCGAAUAUCGAGGCCGGCUUUUCGAAAAAGCACCUAAAAUGGCAAUAUAUUGGUAUUCUUUCUUCAGGAGUUUGUACUGGUUGAUGCAAAUUAAUAAACGUAAACAAAUAUAAUGAGUCAACCAGCGUGAUUCUUUUCCUUUGGUUUUCCGCCUGAACCAAUCUUGCCAGGUUGUUUAUCUCAGUUCUUCCAUUCUGUUUAAUUUCACCGGUUGGUUUGUUAUGAACUGAUCAGUCAUUUUGGUUUACCCUUGUUGCAUGUUUUUUUUGAUCUUGCAACAUUCUUGAAAUUUUAUUUGUGGUAUGCCGUAUUAUCUGGAAGAUUUUCUACAUUAAGUUCUGUUUUUUGAAAAAUAUUUUUCACAGUUAGUAUCUGUGCUGCUCUCUUUUGUAUGUUUUUCAAAUGCAGGUGAUUUUAUGUUUGUUCAUUUUAAAGUUAAAUGUCUUAAUCUGCUGAGUUAAAUCUCUAGGAUCACUGUUUGGCAUUUCAGUCAUGCAAAUGUUACUCAUUUUCUUAUCCCUCUUUAUAUCAUUCUCUAUAAUAAUCAUAUAUUCUGAUAUUUAUUUGAGGAAAGUGAAGGGUUAAUGUCAUUUUUGUCCCAUAAGUGGAAUCUUGAGUGUAAUAAUGCUUGGAGUAAAGUUAACAUCAAAGCCUAUGGGAAGCCAUAAGGCUUUAGAAAUGAUUUGUUCUCUAUCAUACAAUUUGCAGUUCAAAAGUCAAACAUUUAAAACAUGGAAAAAAAAUUGGCAAAGUAGAAACAGAAUAGAGGUAGCUGUGGUAUUAAUUAGUCUUGAAAACUUAUUAUUAAUUGAAAUAUUUACUUUUUCUUAUUAUUGCUCAAAUGUAGUUGAACAAUAUCAUGUCUGAUUAGUUUUUAUGUGUGAUAUUUUGAUGUGGAAUGUGUGAGUAUUGGGCUCAAUUGGCCACCUGAGCAAUGUCUUCUACGUUCUGUACAGUGCUUGAGAAAUUAUUCUAGGUUUUGAAAAUAUACCAUCUUGAAAUGAAGACUUAGAACAGAAGAACUGAUUUACUCAAGUAGCAUCCAGUCACUUGAUUGUAUCACUGCUCCAAACCUCCAUUGAAAUAUAAUCACUUCCUUUGAGAUAGAGACCCUUCCUGAGUAAUUAAUAGGAUUUACCAGAUCACCAAUUUAAUUAUAUCACACUCGAUAGUGAUUUAACAUGAACAUUCACAUUCAAUUAAUGUUCUCUGAGAAAUAAUUUGAAAAUCAUACAAAAGAUAAGAGCUAUAUUAAAUACCCUUAACAUUCUAGCAUCAGUAUCCAUAAUCUCUAUCCAUUUCUUUGGUAAUGACAGUGAGAAUUUGUUUAACAAUCAAAGCUUCUCAGGUUGGGGAUCAUAUCCUUCAUACUCGCCAUCUUGACCCAGCAGUGUUAAAAUUUGUGUACCCUUAAACUUUGAAGUACUCAAAGAAUUACCAUUUUGGUUAUGUAUUGAGCAAAUGGUUCUGUGUGUCAGGAAUGACUGUGGGGUUGUUUUUGUAUUAAGUUUUUAAAUUCUUUAUGGUAACUUGCAUGUAUUAUUUUGAACUCUGUCAAAAAACUUUACUGUAUAUUUGCCCUUCAAUUUCAAAGCAAAAUUAAUAGUCUGUGUAGGUCUUAAAACCAAGCAGGAGAGUUUCUUGUUAUUAGGUCAAGUUUGUUGUCUGUAUAAGUUUUAGAUUACCACUUAUUUAUGGUCCAACCUGGAGUGCUUAAUUGCUUAAUUUUUGUAGUUAUUGAAUAGUUAAUCUAUGAUGUCUGAAGAGGUUUGUUACUGCAAACAGAAUAUGAUGUUUGUUGAUAGAACAGUGAAACUUACCUGACACAUGUUCAUUUGAGGCUGCAACAAUAAAAUAGUCUAGAACUUAAAGCCAAAGUUGUUUAAAGCAAACUAAGACUAUGUCCAUAUUUUUAUUAUGAUUGGAAGUUUGAUAGUGAAUAAGCCAUAGGCUUCUACUUUGUAUUGUAAUGAUAAUGAACUGACAGCAAGCAUGCAGUAAUUGGUGGUAGCCUCUGAUCUGUCAAAGCACAGAUGACAAUUGAAAACUGUUUUCUUGACUUUGUCUAACAUAAGGUACAGUUUUGAAUGUUUUUUUUCUUGAGUUAUCCAACAAAUGGUUGUUAAAAAAAAAAAUCUGGAGUUCUGGAGUUGUUUAUCACCAAAAAAAGAAACUGGUUUUCUAGCAAAUUAUUGAACAACUUUGGUAGUAAUAUGGCUGGGACACUCAAGCAUACCAUGGAAGGUUUUAGUAUUUCUUCAUUCUACAUUUCUCUUCACUGUGUUAAAUAAGUAGGUUCCUUAUUGUUACAUCUGUAUAUUUUUAAAUCCCAGAAGACUCCAAAGUGCUACAAGAACAUCAGCAAAACUCUUGCUUGCAGGCUGAAGACACGUUGAUAAAAUGAAGUGUCUUUUUUUAAGAACUGCAGAUAUUGAAAACUAAAUAAAUGUUAUUUUAAAAGGAGGGAAUUUUCACAAGAAUUGUAACUGUUAUAAAUUAUCUGGACAUCAGGAAUUUUAGUUACUAACUUACAAGCAUGGGUUUCAGUUUGGUGGCAGCUAAAUGUAUCAUAAAUGUUUCUUGUGUGUUUUGUAGACUUUGUGCUACUUUGUGAUGAAGUGGACAAAAUUGUAAUCUGUAGCAUGACCUUUGUAAGGUUAUAGCAAAUGGACUAUGAGCAGUUGUGAACUAAUAGUGACUACAAAUUAAUUUUUCUAUUAAUUUCAAUUUUCAAUUAAUUUACAGUUACUAUUACAGUUACAGUAACUGUUACUAUUGGUCCACAGCAGCUCAAUGAGACAUGGGCUAAACCCUACUUAAGUUAGCCAGACUGCAGGUUGUUCUUGUCCAGCUGUAGUUUUCACUGUAAGCUGAUUAAACAGCUGGAAUAGCUUUGACUAUUAUCCUACUUCAGAAUUAUAAGAAAUACCCUGUGAAUGAAUGGUACUUUAGGCUUUGGUUUUUAAUGACAGUUGGUGUGGCCAACAUAUAAUGUACUGUACAUGUGUAAUUGAUUUGUAUGAUUUUAGAAGUUAGCCCUGCUUUGCAUUGAUUUUUAUUAGGUCAUUGUGAUGCUGACAAUAGUGAUAAUUUUAUCAUUAUCUAUCGAUUAUAAUUUCUUCAUCACUCAUUGUUGAAGGUUUAUUUCAGUAAAGUUGUAUAGAUUUACUUAACCAAACCCUAAGUUUUUAUUGCACACACAAAGCACAAAUACAAAGACUGUUAAUAAUAGUUUUUUUGGCUGAAUUUAGCAAUGGGUCUUUUUUGUUAAGAAGUACUGUAAUUUUUUCUUGUGGAUGGGUUGUUAGUUAGUCCAUUAGGGUGAACUUCCUGUUUUAUGUGUUGCUUUUCCAAUAAAAUGGUUAUCUAAUUGGCUCUCAUUUCUGAUGAAAACAAAAAGAACUGAAAUUUCUGAACAGAAUGUUCUGCACAACAUUGCUUAAAAAAGGUAUACAUUUGUUAUUAAUGUCUAGAUGCUGGUUACUCUUUUGUAAAAUUGAUUUUUUUCUUUGGAAAAGAAAACAGAUCUUUGUUUUGUGUCAUUUUGCUGUAGCAAAGUUUGCAACCGAAGGUGACAGACUGAUCUAUUAUAAGUAAUUUUCUUGUGAUGGAGUUUCUUUUGUGUUACACAUAAAUUAUGGUUGAGUUAAAGUAAAUCCUUGAUACAACAAAAGAACAAUUUUCAAGGUUUGAUUAAACAAUGGAGAGGUAAAGUUAAUGCAUAAGGAAUAUGAGGUAUGGGCUAUCAAGUUUCCAGCGAUUAGGAAAUAAGCACAAGGAAGUCUGUUUGCAUCUUUGUAGGGGUUGGUCCCUCAAUUCUCUAUAGAAAACAUUUGUGGGUAGGUUAUUACCGAGGCUUUGGACUAAAGUAAGAUUUGUCACUUUAAUCCUUCUAUUACUGUAGGUAACUAUAAUUAGAUGGAAUUAACCAGAUAUUAAAGUACUAAAUUAUAUUUGUAGGCUUCCGGAUGGCUUUGCACAGCUCAAAAAUCUCACUACACUUUGUCUAAAUGAUGUGUCUCUGAUUCGUUUGCCCCCAGACAUUGGAAGGUGAGGGAUGAAUGCCUGUUCUCAUAUUAUGUACAUGUGAAUUUACUGAAUAUUUACAAUCACUGAAGGGGAUGUUCAUGGUUGGUUACAGUGGAGCUUAUGGCAGAGUUCAUUCGAGAAUUUUGUCAAUAAAUGAUCUUUCAUCAUUAAGUGGAAUAUACUAUUAACAUUUUGUAGUACAUAUUUGUUAGAAAACUUCACAAUUAGUUGUUGUCCUCUGCAAUUGGACUCUUUAAUGUUGGUACAGACUAGUUUUGUGUCAGGUUUUUCUUCUCUAGGCCAAAUUUAAAUGUGGAGUUCAAUGCAGACAAAUCUGUGUUUAUUGGCAGCUUCCCACAGAUAAUCAGCCUUAGUGACUAUCUCUUUUUUGCGCUAAAUUUGAUUUAUCAAUUGUAUGGUGCUUGUUAUUAGAAUCAGCCUUUAGAUCCUGGGAAUAUCUCCUAGUGAACUAAAAGGCUAAGAAAGACACUAUUUAAGUUUCUUAAGUGAUCAUUGGCUAAUCCUUUACAGGUUAAAGAGAAGAUGUAGAAAUCUCAUUAGCAUUUGGCAAGGAUUUGAAUUUGAGAAGUCAAAGUUUUUUUUCAAAAAGAGAAAGGAACUCCUUUUAUUAAAAAAGAAGAGUAUGAAGAUAAUAGAUCAGUAAAAAAGUAAACUUGUGCCCAUUAGACAACUCUUCAACCUCACUGCUUUUAAUUAUUUUUCACUGCUUUAAUUUUCACUCCCAGUUUAACAGAACUCAAAGUACUGGAAGCACGAGAAAACUUGAUCAAAUACCUCCCAGUGUAAGUUCACAAGUUGAUGAUUUAGGUAUCUUUUAAUAAUAAAUUUUUAGUAAUAAGUUUAAUUUCUCUAGAUCUACUUUUUACCAGUAUAGGACAUUUGCAUUGCAUGUCUUUGUUUUGUGGAUCAAUAACAGUAUUUGAGCAAUUGCGUACCCACCCCCUCCUUCCCCAACACAACAUUAACCCAAACUUGUUGGGUUAGGUGGAAAAUUGCUCAGAUGAUGACAUAGAUCUUCCUUCAUUUUAGUUUUUUAUUCUUCAUUGGAUUUGUCAGAAGUUCUUUUGCAUAUUUUUGUUGUUUAUGAUUUUUAACAGUUCCAUGGAGUUCCUAACAAAGCUUGAAAGAUUAGACUUUGGGUGCAACGAACUUGAAGAACUUGUAAGUAGUCAGAGCAAAUUUUUUUAAGUGUGGUCAAGUUAAAUCAUGGUAAUAAGACUGAAGCCAUUCCAGCCCUGGGUAUGAAAUUGUUUCCAAAAUGCAGCAUGUGCAUCUCGAUCAAUAACUAGACGCCAUCUUGGAUUUAGGUGAGCUUGAACGUUGUAUAUCAUCCAUCCAAGUGUCCACUUUGUAGUAAGUUAAAUAUCUUUUCCCUAACUUAAUUUUGGAGGGUCUAUCUAGAAUGCUGACUGUGUAAAAAUGAGGUUUUGUUUGUCUUUGAAAAUGGCAACCAACUUUUUUUGAAUUGGCUACCACUUUGAAGAAUUUAGGAGCCAAGUGGUUAUCAGAAAAAAAAAUUAAUUUCAUGCCUCGCAGCCUGUAAUAAUGCAAGCAAUUUGUUUAUUGUAAUUACAGACAGACUUGAACAACACAAAGUCCUGAUAUCAAUUAAUUAAAACUGCAUGUAUGACAAACUUUGAGAAAGGAACUAGCCAACAGUUACACCAUUUCAUUACAAAAAACAGCAGUUUACUUCGUGAAAUGUGCAACAACAGCCCGCUUAGACAGGCUACAAGGGGGGCGUUUAAUUUGCUUGGAGGAGAAGGCUGGUAAAUUUGGUGAAAACCAGAUUAUGUGGCUUUGUUUAUCGCAUUUUUCUUAGUAAAUUUGAUUCAUUUUGGUUUUGUAUAGCCUGACAUAGUAGGGUCACUGCCAAACCUCAUAGAGUUGUGGUUGGAUGGAAAUCUGUUGAAGACAUUACCACCAGUAAGUUUAUAUACAUCGACAUUGUCUCCAUUUACCAGCCAGCAAAGUUAUUCAGCAUUUUUAUUCACUUUUUUUAUCUCUCUUUGUUUUCUUGUUUAUCCAAUACCUCAUCCCUUUAUCUCUCCUCUUGAGCAAACUUAGAGACUUUUUCCCCUUCUACUAUUUUAUCUGCACUAAAAAUUGAAAUAAGGGGCCUGCCAAUCUUAGAUGGCAAUCAAACCCUAAAGUCAUGUCACAUCCAGAGAGAAGUGACAGAUUAAGAAGUAAAUGGGUUACUGAAUCAAUAAGCUGCUGAUCUUCUUCUUUUUAUCAGGAAUUGGGAAGCCUCAAGAAACUUCAAAUCUUUGAUGCAUCAGAGAACAAGAUUGAAUAUUUACCAGAUGAAAUUUCUGGUUGUGUUGCUCUAACUGAUUUCCAUUUAUCUCAAAAUUUGUUAGAAGAACUUCCUGAUACCAUAGGUAUGUACAGGGUUCCUGCAGAUUCUUUAGUGAUCACUCAGCUGUAUGUGUUCUAAAACUUAAAAACAUUGGUCAUCCUUUCUUGAUUAACUUUUGUAGGAAAACUUAAGAAGCUGCAGUUGAUUAAAGUUGAUCAGAACCGGCUUCUUGCUCUAACACCUGCUGUGGGAGGGUGAGUAAGUUUUUUUUAAUAUGGGAGGAGAGGUGCAGGUUGGUAUGCAUUGUUGGAAUGAGUAUAUAGGGUGAAAAGGCUGUUUGUGGCCCGUCAGAAAGAUGUUACUGGUGACAAAAAUAAGUUGACAAAAUGCAAUAUUCUCUGUCUACAUUGCAGACUUUCCAGCUUACAAGAAUUAAUUUUAACUGAAAAUCUCCUUGAGGUAUGUUAUUUCAUUUCUGACAGGUAUUGAGAAAAAAAUUAUAUCCACCAAAUUGUUGGGUAAUUGUGAGUUCUACUGACACUUCUGGUUUCUUUCUUAUUCUAUUUGAACAGGAAAUCCCUUCGACAAUAGGAAAACUCCACAAGCUAACACAUCUUAAUGUAGAUAGGAAUAGACUUACAGCUUUGCCAGUUGAGGUUAGGUUCUUUUAAAUGUUAUUUCUUCCCUAAAACCAAAAAAAAAAGGUUUGAAUUUUUCCAAAGAAUAUAGAGGAUUUCUUUAUGUCAAUUUUAAAAACUACUUAUAUCAUAAAUUUUUUUCAAUUGACAACUGGUGAUAUUAAUAACCAAUGAAUUGCAUUACUUUAAUUAUGUUGAACAUCUUGCAGAUUGGAAGCUGCACAAGAUUGAGUGUUUUUUCUCUAAGAGAAAAUUGGCUGACACGUUUACCAUCAGAAAUCGGCAACUGUAGAAAUCUUCAUGUUUUAGAUGUAUCAGGAAAUAGGUGAGGAACAUGGUAUAAAUGCAUUUUUAGUUUUUGUCCAAAUGAUUGAUACACUUAACUGCAACAAGUUCAGCCAAAGAUCUAUGUUGUUAUUCUCCCUUCUGGCUAAAAUAGGUUUCCCAGGUAAUUUUUAGUAGGAAUCUAGAUAACAAUUUCCUCUCAGAAGUUUGUUGAUUCUAAUUACUCAUUUGGUGGAUAAGCUACUGAAAUUGUGAGGAGAAGUUACUAAUUAAGGAAUCAUAACUGGGUGAAAAAAAGGUUGAAUGUAGAGCUUUGGCAUGAUUUUUGAGUCUCUGCUAUGCAUAAAGCAAUCUUAAAUGGAAUCAGAAAUUGUAAAUUUGUUGAGGUGUUGAAAGAAAAUAAAUUCCAAUCAGUAAUAGACUAGGUUAAAAAUGGAAUCAAAAAUUGCUCCUUGUUGUUGAACAACGAGAGUAAUGGUGCUCGUAAAAACCUUUGUGUUAUGUACUGAAUAUGCUCAAGUUAGUAUGUCUUCAGAAUUAAUCACUCAUGACUAUCCAGUUGAAAAGGAUGUCUUUUCAGGCUUUUGUAAAAAACAAAAAGAUUAAGUGAUGUUUAGUUUACAACUUCGAUUAAAAUACUUUUCACACAUGCAAACUGUGAUACCUUUUUCUUAUGGUUUAUCAAAGUUAGUGUUUAUAUUUCUCUUUAACCAAUUGUCUGUUUUGUGUAAAAAAAGGUUGGAAUGUCUUCCACUAACAAUUGGAUCUUUGCCAUUGAAGGCGUUAUGGUUGUCAGAAAACCAGGUAUUAGAAUAUCAUUACUUUGUUUAAUAAAUUUUUAUUUUCAAAAGGAAUCAGGAAAAAGGAUAACUGUUAGAACUUUCAUUCUUGCCUGAUUGAUGGUAUAGUAUAUGUAGACACAUUCUGGUUAUUUCUUUCACUUUUGAACAACAUAUAUAAACAGCUGUUGUUGGAUGGAAAAUUACAAAAUUUGCUUAAUGGAAUUUCGAUAUUUUGUGAUUUUUCAUCAGCUCCUUUUGGUAACAUCAGGUAACUGAGUUGCCAUUUUAAGAUGGUAGAUUAGCUUAUGGUUUUGGCUGGCUACCAGCUUUUGUUGGCAACUCAGGAUUUACCUGCAUAGUUGAGAUGUGGAACUCUUGAGAGCUUCCAAGAAAAAUUCUGCUUGAAGACCUUGAGAAGCUCAUCAGUCAACCGUACUUUCUCUUAUUUGUUUCAACUGCAAUUUGGUGACUUGUUUUGUACAGUUAUUGGUUGAAAGGUAAUUGAAUGGUAUAUCCUCUCUGUUUUUCCAGUCUCAACCAGUGCUAAAACUUCAAACAGACGACGAUGAACAGACUAACAGUAGAGUGCUCACGUGUUUCCUUUUACCACAACAAGGCCUUGGAAGUUUAGGUAAAUAUAUGUUGAAUGUAUUCCAUGCAUUUUUUUGCAAUUUGUCAAUUUUGUGGACAGAAUUUUCUGCACUGUCUUGAAUUAGGCUUGCUUGAAUGGAUGAAAAUUUAUCUAUGAAUUAUAAUUGUGAAGUAGAAUUGUUUGUCUCAUAUUUUGAUCACUUUGAAUGUGGAUCACAAUGUUUUGAGUCUUUCUCAGUCUUCUUCAGUGUCUGGAGAAGACUCACAGAAUGCACUUGAAACACUGUGAUCCAAAUCUAUAGUGUCUACAUUGAGAGAAAAAUGAUUAUACCUCAUGUACAAGUGUAUUCACCAUGAUGGCUAAAUGCCCUCUUCAGCUCGUGACCAAUAAUUAUUCUUUCAAAUUAAGCAGUAAUCUGUAUGUUAUUUUGCUCUGCUGACCAUUAUGCAUUUCUUAAGGAGUUUCGAGAAUUUACAUUCCUUUUCUAGUGCCUCAAAUACAUGUAUUCUGACUCACAGAGCUUUGAAUUGCAUAAAGAAGAUUAAGAAAAAAACAUUUUCUUUUACGAAGCUCUUUGAAUUUUCAUGUUUUAGAUAGAAGAUUAAUUUUUGUCACUGUUUUAGAUGUUUUCCCUUCUUUGUUUCAACACCAUUUUUCAGCUGUAACCAACCAAUAACAACUGAAAUUGUGAAUUCUCAUCUGUCUGCUGAAUGGCAUUUCCUUUUAGUGUUAAUUUGUUGAGAUGAAAUUUUAGGAAGAAAGAAUUGUGUUUAUUAUUCAAGCUUUGAUGGAUCUGGCACUAAAUUAUUAUUGUGCAGUUAUUUGCAUUUAAAUCCUUCUUCUGGCACUUAAAAGACAGUUAAAGUUUCCACUUGUUUUAACUGUAUGUUUGAUGAAUGAAAUGAUAUUGUGGUACAAAAUUGUUUUGUAACAGGGUCAUUCACGUCAGAAAGUCCUAUCUGUCUUCAUUUAGGUCAUUUUAUUAUUACAGACGUUCAGUACAGAUUCAAAAUAUUGGGAAUUUACAAAGAGCUUGCUGUUUUGAAUAUGCUCAACACUGUGUAAUCAGAAGCAGGUGUAAAAACAUAAUAUGUACACUUAAAUUAUGAAAAUUUGAAUAAUAAUGAUGGCACCAAUGUACAUUGUACAGUAACCAGUGUUGGGUUUUUCACCAACUAUUCAAUAACAACCACUAUAUGCCAUGACUUUAGAAACCUUAAAUAUGUAUUUGCAUCUAUAUGUAUGCAAACUAGUUCGAAGCAAUGGAUUGUUUUUGCUUUAAAGUUUUAUAACUGGCACUAUUUUAUCAUGGGGUGCCAAAAUGGGACAUACGGUGUCAAUCAAGGUGAUUUAUAUUUUGUAGUAUUUUUAUUUCAUAUAUUCAGUGCUUUCAGACAUAAUUUGUAUUUUUGUGCCAAGCUGCAAUUCUAAUAUGGCCCUUUUCAAUCUAUCUAUGACUUCUAAAUUUUGAGUUUAUGCUUUAAUUGAAUGAUACUAUUUGUCCUUUGUGUGUGUUUGCGAAUAAAAUGUAGGUUUCUUUUCUUUUAAACUGCAAAUGUGGAAGGUGGUUAUUUUUCCCUAAAAGACAGAGCUAAAAAUUUGUCUCUGAUUUUGGGUAGAAUUAUUGUAAAAGAAUUUAUUUCUUAAAAUCUUUAGUACUCUUCUUUCAAUGCGGUAUUCAAUCUAUUGGUACAUGUAGACACACAACAGUUUUCUCCAUUGAUCAGGUUUUGUCUCCAAUAGUUAUGGAAAUGCUUAUUUUCUAUUGGCUGUAAGCAGUUUCAAUCAUGUCAUGUCUUUUAGAUUUAUUUGUGUCUUAAUUCCCCUCUUCCUGCUUAGUUACAAUGUAGAAUUCCAUAUUUAUAUCUGUAGGAAAACAUUCUUUUUAUGUGGAUUUACAUAAAAUGAAAUGGUCAAAGUAGUGUCAUACUGUUUUUUAAUGAAGCUACCUCAAAUUUAUGUUCCAGGUGCAGCAUUUUAAACAAUUUUAUUGAUUUUUGUCAAGCAGUGUUAUUCUACUGUCAAGAUCUCAUGAAUAAUUCUUUUACUGUCUGCCAUACAAUUCUUAUGAUAUAAGCUGGGAGAAUUGCCAUCAGAUCAAUUAAUCCCCCAAUGCAUUUUUUGCUAUAUUCUUAUCACCUAUCUGCUUGAUACUGUAUUCUAAUUGUAAGGAGAAAUUCUGUCUUGGUCACUCAUGGGAAUUAUAUGGUCAAGGUCAGCACAACCUCUCAGACACAUUGGCCUAAGACCUGUUGUUCCAAAGGUUGUUUCACAUUAUAAUUUUCUUGGUUUCUUCAGAGACGCUCACAAAUGAUUUAACACAUGGAGUGGCAUUUGAGAAUCUUGCACAUGAUGAGAUGGGGGACAUUGCACGACCACGGAGUGGAAGCUUACCAGCAGUUCAGUUCGCAGAGGAUUCUGAAGACAGUGAUAAAGAGGUGAGUAGGAGUGAAAUACUUAAGUACAGACUUUACCUCUUACCUUUUCUUCCCUAAACUUUGACUUAUUUCGUUUUGAUCAUGAUUGUCCAGGGCCUGGUUGCUCAAAUGGGGUUAGCAUCAAUCUAGAAUUAAAUGAUAACCUUGGUUUUAAUUUCUCUUGUAGAAGAGAGUGUUAAGAGCUAAGGUUUUGUUGAAUUUUAUCUCAAUGUGACUCAAAACUAACAGGGAAAAAUUAACAAGAAAAUCCCUUUGCAGAGCUAUAAAACUAAUUUUAAAGUUUACCCCAAACCCUUUAACUCCCAGAUCAAAUUUGUAAUUCUCCUUACUGUCAACCAUAUAAUUCUUAUAAUGUUAGUUCAGAGAAUUUAGUAUUGGAUCAACUAAUUAUCCCAAAAUUGAUAUUUUUCUUUAUUCUCAUCAUAUAUGUACUUGAUAUUGCAUUGAUAUUGUAAGGAGAAAUUCUGUCUUGGUCACUCAUGGGAGUUGAAGGGCUAAACCAGGAUUAGGUUUACUGUGUUUAAAGCAACCUGGCCCAGUUACUGACAAUAGUACUUCUCAGGACUGCUCUCAGUGGCAACUGAUGUUUUGACAACCUGAGUGGAAAUUACCAUCAGGGAUGAACAAUCAAACUAUAUGGUCAAAUGUGACCUUCUGGCUUACACCAUUUACUGUUUUGAUGACAAUUGAAAAGGCUUUUGACUUACACCGUGAUUGUUAUUUGACUUAGAGGCCACCAGAAUACUUAGUGACUCUGUGAUAGAGCAUUGGUCUACAAAUCUUUUAUAGUCUGAGUUUAAACUCCUCAUGGGGGACUCAUAUUUGUCUUUGUACCAUGCAGGUUCCUGGAUUGUUUGUUUGUUUGUUUGUUUUUUUAACCAAGAAAUUAUGAUAAGCCUUUCACAUUUGCUAAGAAACAAACAAUGUUUCUUACAAAUGAUGUAAUAAAUGUUUCUUUCUUUGCAGAGUACAUUCAUCAGACAUGACACACCACACCCAAGGGAUCUCAAAUCUCGCCACCCGAAGAUAACAAUGCACAAAGUGCACAAGGGCACAGAUCCUGUGGAUGGUGUGAUACUCAAGUCACGCAAGUCCUUCACAGUAUGUAUCACACUACAUUGUUAUUUCCUGGAAAGAACCUAGAGAACUAUAUUUGAUACAUUUGAUCCUUUUCUGCUACAAAACAGUCAUGGCAUUUAAGAAAAAGAAUUAAGGGUCCUGCAUACUUAAAUUCUUUGAAAUUUCUUGAAUGUAAAGUAUAUCUUUGAGCAACAGAUGAUUAUGUUUUGAUAUCCUAUUUUGAGCUUCAGAACACAAAUGUAGCAGAAACAAUACAUAUCCUUGUUCUGUGAGUUUUUAUCCUCACAGGCUGGUCACAUAUAGACCCUGCUGGUAUGUUAGUUUCACCCUUUAUCUCUUGGAAGUGAUCAACAUGCAAAAUAUCCCCACAUUAUCUGGCAAACAGAUCAUGAGAAUAUUAAAAAAAAAAGUCAGUAGAAGUUGUUGCCUUAAUCUAACACCAAAUUCUCAUGGCUGAUUUACAAGGAAAUGUGCAGCAGCCAGAGGGGAUAGUCAACAAUCAAAUCUUGGGAGUGAAUGGGUUAACCUGUGUCUCGCACAUCUCCUGGUCUUGAUUUUGCUAAUUUCUUUCUUGGAGUCUAGGAGGUCUUUGUCAGCUGUGCACAAUUAUUGAAGUUACUUUGAUUUUAGGAUGAGGAAAGUGGAUCUGAUACUGAAUUUCGACCAAGAAGAGCAAGUUUUGAAAUGAAACCUGAGAUAGCUGACAAAAAACAGGUAACAGUUCCAGAAGCAAGGAAUGAAAAGAAGGGAGUGGGAUUUGCUGUGGAAACACAAGAACAGACUGAAAAACAACCUGAGGAACAGGUCAGAUACAAGAGCAAAUUGUCAAUUUUUAAUGUCUUUGGUUGGCACUUAUGUGCAGUGUGAGUCUUUGUGUCUGGUUAACAUUGCAUUGGCACAGAUGGGAAAAGUGAGAUGUUAAUCUUGUAGGGUUCAGGUUCAGAGGAUGAUGGUGAAAGAGAGCAAAGAAUUCGUUUUGAAGGAGAGGACCACCCUGAAACAGAAAAGCAUGAUAAAUUACGGAGACGUGACACGCCGCACUAUCUGAAAAACAAGAGGAUUGAUCUCCAAUCAAACAACCAGGACAAAGUCAUGGAAAUAUUAGCUAAAGCUGGAAGCCGUGACGGUGAUGAAGAACACAAAAAUGAUUCUGUAAGCCACCACUUUUCUUGUCCUUGAAAAGAAGUUGUACUUGCAGUUGUUGUAAUUGUUAUUUCAGUCUUACAGCUCUAUUGAUUUCAGUUCAGAGAAUUUGGCAUUGGAUCAACUAAUAAUCUCCUUACAGAUGUUUCUUUGUUCACAUCUCUUCUCUGCUUGACAAUGUCUUGAUUUUUUUUAAGGAUAAUUUUGUCUUGGUCCCGUUUAAAAGUUAAAUAGUUAAACAUUUGAUCAUGCCACAACAUACACAACUGAAUGGAAUUUCUUUAUUGAAGUCUUGAUUACAUUUUAUUGCUGUUUUUUUGAUGUUGUAGAAUGAAGAUGGCAGACUUGAUGGGGAAACAGAAGGUAUGUUGAGUCUUUGUAACAACUGUAACAGGUAUAAUUAGGUAGUAUUGCUAUUUAAUGUGCACUCAAAACUUUCCCAAAGAAGCUAAGAGCAACAACACCAUUCUUACUCUAAGUUUACAUUCUUCAUAAUUGUUUGACCAUAAUUUUGUACUACUUGCAUAAGCCUUUUACCAGCAGCUUACCCACUCCCCCUAUAUAUGACUCUAAGUUCCCUAUUUAAAAAAAAAGUCAAAAAGUCACCUUUAAGGCAACCUUCAGGUGUACAAUGGUCGCCAUAGAAAAAACAAUUUGGUCGCUGUAGAAAGAGGAUGUGGUUGCCAUAGAAAAAUAAUGUUUCGCUGUAGAAAAAGAAUGUGGCUGCCAUAGAAAAAGAAUGUGGUCACUGUAGGAAAAGAAUGUGGUUGCCAUAGAAAAAAUCAUCAUAUCAAUGGAAGGACACUUCAUGUUGCAUUAUCAGCAUUUGUUGGUUUGAAAAUUGAUUCUCUGGCUGGAGUUCCACUGGCUUCUUGAUAACAUGUUGCUGGUUACUCAGGUCAAAAUAGUUACCUUACCUUUUGGCCCUUAAUAAACUUUUCACAGUCACAUACAUUUGCAGAGUCUGAGGCCUACUUCAAAACAUUUUGAAUCUCUUGCUUGCUCUCCAGAGAUGAAAUCUCCAGACAGUUUGCCAAAGAUUUUCUUGUAUGUUUAGACCUGAGAAUUUAAAGAAAUAAUUUUUUAGGCACUGCAGAGACUGAGAGGUUUUAAAAAACUAAUCUUCACAUGAAAAAAGCAGAGACAAUUGUAUGACUGAAGAAACAUGGAGUUUAUGUUCCUGUUUAUGUUUGUGGGCAUAAAUAUGUUUUGGGCCUAACUUAGAGUCAUUUUGGCAGCUUGGCUUGAAAUGAGCCUGAGAAGGACUCAAAACAUAUUUAUGCUCAAAGACAUAAAGUCUUUUACUACUAUUCUCACUUUGAAUGGCAUUGAGAAAGUCAUGCAAGUGUGGGAGCUUUUAGCCUGCCAAAAUCUUCCAUUUUAGCCCACAAAAUGCACCACAUUUCAUGAAAAAGUGACAAUAAUAUUCCUUUUCUAGGUUUCUCAGUGAAUAUAAAUUUGAAAAAGUUGGCAGUGGUGAAUAUCACGAGAAUUCUACUUCAUUGCAAAGAAAUCAAAUAUGGUGUUUGUUGAAUUUUUUUUCCAGCUGUCUAUAUAAUUUAAUUCACACUCCUAAAUUGUGGCAUAAAUUAGCCUUUAAACAGGUAAUUGUGGUAAUUUAUGAUUUUGUUGAGAAUCCAAUAUCUCAAUAGGUGGGUGGAAUGUUCAAAGUCCUUUAUGUAAAGCUUAUGCUCUACAAAAUUCUCAAGAGCUGAAUCACCAGUAAAAGUACAAUAUAUAUGAUAGUAGAAAUAGUUUUUGUUUUGAUCUAAGGACUGAAAAGAGUGUAAAACUUUUGAAAAUUAAUAGAACCUGUGCAGUUAAUAGUUGAAACUAUCAGUGCCAUCUGGUGGCGGUAAGUGGACCAUGAUAGAUUGUUGAAAGCAUUAAAACAUGUGAUCUGUUUAUAUGAAAUACACUGAAUAUUAAUGAAGUAUCCAAAUAUGGGUAAUUUUAAACAGAAAUAAAAAUUUUGUUUGGCAGGUAUUCGGGAAACUUUCUUUAGUUCCAGAAAAAAUUAUGACUACUUUCUGUCUUCAUAUUUUGUGGCAUUAUCUCACUCUUGCAGGUGGAAAAAAUUACUCUUUUUGGUUUGAAUUGAACAUCUACUCUGAACAAAAAUAUAAAAAUCAUCAGUGAAAUUAGUAUGGUUUUCAUGAAGUCUGCUUGUAGAAAUAACGUUGAGUUUAUUUGAAACGUAGAAUUGUAAGUGUUAAUAAUUUUUCUGUUAAUGUAGAGAUUUUUCAUUGUGUUUUCUUAAAGGCUCCUUUAUGUUUAUAACAACAGGCUUUGUUUUAAAUUAUUCAUAACUUUUUGCCACAUGUUGUGUUUUGAGGAAAAAAGACCUGCUUUACAUAUCAAGCUUUUGGUUGCACCUAUGUGUAUGUGUUUAAUGCGCUCUGGCCACUUUGUACAGAUUUCAAGAUUCUUCCUCUUUGCUAAGCUAUAAAAUAUGGUUGUCUCUGUGUUAGGGACAUAUGGGCCGUUUACAGUGGUUUGGUCAGGUUAGGAUAGGCUAUUUAAUUUCUGGUUCACAGCUUUUACCACAGUUAUCAAUUUGAUGUCCGUGUUACAGACAUCACAUUUGUGAAUGCAGCUGUAGACUGCUGCCUUUUGACAGCUGUGAGUCGCAAAGUUGGAGCUGUUAAAAGACACCAGUCUUCGCAUUCUUGUUUGUUGUAUUUUUUUUCAAUUACUUCUUCACUCUCAGUUUUCAAGAUUUAGGAAUUACCUAAGGGAAACUUAAGUUUUCUCUGCAGGAAAUCCAGAGGAAAAUUUUUUUAUCUUUCAAUGAAGUACAGUGUUCGUGAAGCAAUUUUGAACUAAUGGUUUGUUAAUGGUAAUGUUACAGGAGAAUAAACUCCUUAGCAAAGAGUUAAAAAUUGCGGUGAGAAGAGGAUUUCAUGCGUAAUGUUACCAUGCUUACCAAAAUUUUUUUUGUAAAAUAAUUUAGAGCUUGAAUAAUAAUUCUAUUUUCAUCAUAACAGGUGUCAUACCCGGUAAAUCCUUGCAAGUGUGUAAACACAGACCUGGUUUUAAUUAUAAAAACAUAGUUUCAAUGUUAUUCAAAACGGGUUUUAUUUCUUAGAACUGGUGAAGGGGAUUUGGUCUCGGCGCUCUGAAAGUUUCUCUUUUUAUUUCAAAUACAGAAAUUAGCCCAAAUAAAGAGCGAAAAAAAGAGGAAAAUUAAAUUGGUGCGUUGGAUUUCUUAGCUUCCGCACCGUGCAGUAAAUAAUGGUUUAUAAAACUACCUAGAAAAAAAGAGAGAUUAAAUAUAACUGAUUUGGAUUGAAUGUUGAGCAACGUUAAAAAUUUUUUCAAUGUUGUGUAGUUUGCUAAAAGUGAACUAAACAAAUCUGUCAGCGAGCAUUUCAUUGUGAUUUGCAUAUUACUAUCUGUUUUAUUUAAUUUUGUUAUAAGGUUUAGCUGAGUUCAAGAUAAGAACUGAAAUUUGAAGUGAAACAUUUGUAUUAUGUGUGACUAUCAUUGUACAUAGUUUUAUCUUAAUAAUGUAAGGAAAAAUGUGGUAAUGGCUGUCGAUAACAGACAUUAAUAGAUUUAGUAAUGUUGAUUAAGGACAAAAACUUUUCCCAUUUAAAAGGAACGAUUGCCGGUGCAUCUAGCUACAGAAAAAUGAAUGACUUAUGCAUGCACGAAAUUCAAUUUUUAUUUUUCCCAUUAUUAAUGAGGAAGAAUAUUGGGCUGAAACGUUUGGCCGGUUAUGUUUGGGUUAAGGGCACCGUGACCUCGUUGAAGUAAACCUCGUUGCUUGAUUCCCACUGUGCCACUCUCUGGUUUGAAAUGGGAGUAGCAAUACGAAACAGCGUCAACUGCUACAAACGAUUUCCUAAUGACAUGCUAUUUGCUUUAUUCACAUCAAUUUCAUCGUAACUGUUUCUGUAUUAUAUAUCGUGUUAAGAGCAGCGUUGCGUCCACUACUUUGACGAAGGGCUGACGCUCGAAACUUCAGCUUUAAAAACUCUUUACGGCAGCCAAUUUACGUUAUCUACUCAGUUGAUAAAACCAAAUUAUCUUGCAAUUUCCCCCUUCCCUUCUUUUCCCCCCCACUCACUGAUGCUGCACUAAAAUUUCCUUAGAGCUUACCCCCUUUGUUUACAUGACAUGGGUUGACUUUGUUGCUAAUUACAUUCUCAACAAACUGGCUGUUAAAGAAUGUUAACAAUUUUUGUGUGGUUUUACCAACAAAGAUAUGUGUUGUAUUUGUUAUUUUUUAGAGGGUCCAGCACUAAAGAGAAAACCAACUCCUCCAAAAGGAUUUGUUGGUCUCACCAGUGAGGAAGAGAUAGCUGAAAAUGACGAUGAACAAGAGCUUGUUACGGUCACGAAAGUCGUGGAAGAGGUACUAAGUGAUUUAUGUGUUGACAGAGAAGUGGUUGUGUUAGGAUUGAGGUAGGGAGGGUGGGGUUUAAACCACUCAACUAGGUGAGCAUUAGUUUAGGUUCAAAGUGGAAAGAAACUGUUUAAGGUUCGCCGGUUCGAAGCUAAGUUACGUUUUGGAGACAGUUAUGUGAAAAGACAAGUGUCAUACUUUUGUAUUGUUGUAUUCACCGUCUCAUGGCACAACUAGAAAAUAUUUCAGGCAGAGAACCUUUUAACUAUAUGGAAAGCGGAGAGAAAAAAGUCAGAUUGUCAGUUAUAACUUUGUUUGCUUAUUUUCUUUGUUGCCUGGGGAAAGAUUAAACAGUAAGCCUCGACUUGAUAUGCUCGAUCCAGUUCUCCUGACACAUGUCCAAACGAAUCGAAAGUAGCUUAUAUUCUAUUUCAUGUUUGAUGGUCUGUGCAGCUGGCGGUUUUGUGCGCAGCCUUUAAAUAAAGCUGCAAAGCUGCAAGAGGUUUGAGACAGAAAAUAGUGCGAAAACUUAAGUAUCCGCUGCUCGUUACGCAAAUCUGCCGCCUUUCUGUCCAUCGAGCACCCAAAAGUACAUUGAUUAAAGCUCCCAUUUUUUAAAUAAGAAAAACAGUCAGGGACAAACUUGGCAAUGACUUGAAAUACGGAGAUUUUCCGGUUGCUCGGAUUGUAUUUAGCUAUGUCUUGAGUAUUGUUCUUUCCUCUGCAGAUUGAAUACACGAUCCACCGGAACAACAAAGGCCUUGGAAUCAAUAUUGCCGGUGGAAAAGGUUCCACUCCUUAUAUGGGAAAUGAUGAGGUAAGAGAGAAGAUCAUGUUUGAUCACAUUCGCUUCAGCCGUUUGAGUUUUUUCUGUCGUUGAAUUUCUGUUUUGGUGCAAAAUACUUGGUGACUUUUUCUGACGUUGUGGCAAAAUUCGUAAUUUGUUUCGUUUCUUGCAGGGAAUUUUUAUCUCUAAAAUUUCAGAAAAUGGUCCUGCAGGGCAGGACGGGAUACUUAAAACAGGCGACAAAAUCAUCAAGGUAACUCGAUAAUUCACAAUAGAGUACGGCGCAUGCUCUGUGGAGUUUAUUUCUAAGAACUUUGAUGGAGAAAAAGGGCCCUUACUUGGUGUAGAAAACGCAGUAUACGUCACUCUGUUGUUUUCAUUGUUUUCAUAUUUCCGGUUGUGAUGAAAUUCUAUUUUGACGUAUACUGACGUAUACUUUCUACAUCAAGUAAGAACCAGAAAAAGGCCCUUUUAGGUCAAGUGCAGCAAACUGAAAUUAAGAAUAAUGUGCUUGUUAUUUCUCCAUAUAAUUUCACCCUUGAAUCAAAUGCAAAGAUUAUGACAAUAAGGGAAAUGAUCACCAAUUUAACAAACCCCUGAUUGUCCAAAAAAACCCCAAAAAUGUACAUAUCCUUGUCAUUACCAUAGGAAAUGUAAAGAGAACAGUGUGGAGACUAAGAAUGCUAAUGUUGAGGUGAAAAGGGUCAAGAAUUUUGCUAAUGUGACAUUUCUUUAUACAUUUGAAAUAGGCUUUACGAUAUCUUAGCAACUAGAAGUUCCCUUGUUUGAUUGAGUUCACGUAUUAUGCAUCAUCCAGAAAUAAACAACGUGUAUUAUUUCUUCUCUAGGUAAAUGGAGUGAAUAUUUCCACCGCCACACACCAUGAAGCGGUACAUGUCUUGAAAAAUGCUGGAAAUGACAUCCACUUAGUUGUAGUUAGAGAAAGGGAGGAUCUGGAGAAAAGAACGGUCACCAAAACAUCUCGAGAAAACCUGAUGGCUUCAGAAGAUGGUGAUUUAAUCGAUGAAGCUCUGGAAGAGGCUUUCACUAAGGAGGAAGUGAAUGAAGUCCACCAGGAGCCAGAACCUGAGCAACCGAAGGUGAGAUUCAUGGUGAAACUUGGCGUCUGUAGUUGUCCUAUGCAAGGGUUUUAACCCUGUGACUCCCAAGGGGAGUCAGCACCUUAGGAAAUGUAUAAAGAACAGUGUGGAGAAUAUGCAUUCUGAUGUUAGGGUAUAAAGGGUUAAUGCAACCGGUUCCCAACAGUUUACCGCCGCCCGUGUCAUUGGUCACUUAGGUUAUUAUAUUAAUACUACCACUUGGUUAUUGUGUUGUUAUGUAACCGUGUUCACACUACAAACAUAACAACACUUUGACUGUUUUGGCGUAACGCUGGCGUCGUCAUGCCACUAUGGGAAUCAGGCUUUUAUCCUCACUGCCUAUCUGUCAAAUGCCUUGACUGGCUAUGACGAGGAGGAGAGAAACAGAACUUUGAUCAGAUUGUGUCAUGUACUUGCAGGUGACUGAAGAACCACCAAAGGAGGAGACGAAGAAAGUGGGCGUGAGAUUUGCUCCAGAACCUGAAAUGGAGGAGAUUCAAACGAAAACAGAGGUACUCUUGAUGUCAAUGAAACGUUUGCUUUCAAUAAAUGAUACGCUCAGCAUUUACUUACCGUGAAGCUAAUCUAGGGCUUCUAGACAGGUUUAUUGUAAGGUUAAUUAAAACUCUUUUAUGAGGAGGACGGAUAUUUUGUUGGAUUUGUGUUAUUGAUAGAGAAGGUUUUUUAAAGUGAAAUUAAGUUUGGGUUAUAGAGAAAAUGUCAUUUAAAUAUUUUUUAACUACGAUUUUUGAUUGAUUGGCUUCCUAAUUAAGAUGAACAUUAUGUUGUAAGUGAGGGAUUUUGUUCAACAUUUUUAUAAUUUAUAAAUCAUAUUCCAUCUAUGUCUUCACAGAAAGAGACAAUCACAUUAAAGCGAGGUGGCGAGAAGGGCCUGGGGUUUAGCAUUGCGGGGGGUCGUGGCUCAACACCUUACAAGGAUGGCGACUCGGUAAAUAAAAUUUAUUUAGUUCAAAGUUAAUCAUAUUUUUUUUUACGCUAUGAACGUUAGUGGUACGUUGGCUUUUAAUAGUAAUUUGUGCAUAACCUCACUGGUGAUAUGAAGGUAUUUGUCUUCGCUAUUGCCGGCAAGUGCACUUUUUUCAAACUUUCAGCAGAACGUAGGCAUUGUUGUUGUUGUGGUUUUAAUUCAACUCUCUGAGACUUUUGUUCAACAAUUGUGUUUUAUUUCAGGGAGUAUUCAUCUCGAAAAUUGCUGAGGGUGGAACAGCUGAGCGGGAUGGAAGACUCCAAGUUGGUGAUAAAGUUCUUUCGGUGAGUCUUCGUUAUUGACUUGAGUUGUUGGAACAAUUUAGAUAAGUAAUCCAGGUUUGCUUUGGUAUUUUCCUUUCUUCGGAUUGGCCUACGUAAUCAAUUUGGUUUUGUUUAACGAAAAUCAAUCAAAAAGCGCUUUAUUCAGUUGUGUAAUGUAACCUGCCAUCAGUUCACAGUGGAAAGUAGUCUUGUGAUUGUUCUUGCCCCUUAUUCUGUUCGGUCAAGCGGAUCGUUGUCAGUAUUUAAGCAACUUCACACGGACCCCUCUCUUAGCCCAACAUUAACACUAACAUGUUGUCACUUGAGUGUUGUUGGGUUAGGGGAGGGGAAGGUGCUCAAGUUAUCGUUGCCUUAUUGCUUCUCCUUUGCCAGUCCCGUUCUCAUUUUCCUUAUCCUUGGUUUUUUUUUUUCGCAUUUAUUUUUUUGUCAGAUAAACGGCAAAGACAUGAAAAUCGCGCGACACGAGGACGCGGUGGGCAUGUUGACAGGCGGCCUGUCGUACGUCACGCUUGUUGUCGUCCGUGAACGAGUGAUAAAUAAGAGAAUGUUACCUCUCUCUAAACUGCAGGAUCAGUCCAUACUUAACAAGAGAUUACCAACUAAGGUAAGCUGAAAGUCACUUCAUCUCCAGCGUCUUAGUCACGCUUUUUUUUUUACGAAUAGUUUCUGUAUCUGGAGGUUUCGCAUAACUCGCCUCCUACCACCUUUCUGAGUUCGCCACAAACGAGUUGAAAGAUUAGAGUGGGGUGGGGAGGGGGCGAACUGGGUAAAGUUGGUACCGGGCGAACUUGCGAUUGGACGAAACUUCUUUAAAACAUAGACUCGUGGAUUCGCAGACAAAGAUGCACACGCGCAGCGAGACUUGAAAAGUAAUUAGCUGACAGAACAUUUCUCUUUAGCCUGAAAUGAACCACGUAACACCGGAGAAAGUAGCAGAUGUCAACCACACGGACAAGAAUGGAACCGCCGACCUGGAUAUUGAGGUUAGUAUUUUUUAUUGUCACUCAGACAGACUACUAUUGUACGAGUGUUUUGUGCAAUUUCAAGCCGUUUAACCCUUUAACUCCUAGAAGUGAUCAACAUGUUACUUCUCCCGAUAAUCUACAAACAUUAUCCAGUAAACAGGUAAUGAGAAUUCUCAAAGUUAUCAGAUAGAAGUUCUUAUCUUGAUCUGACACCAAAUUCUCGAAACCAAUUUACAAGGAAAUAUGCAGCAACAAGAGGGGAGAAUUAACUAUCAGAUCUUAGUUAUAAGUAUUUUGCUUAACAUUGUUCAUCAUGAAGUCAAUUUGGGUUUGUUUACAGGAAAUCGUUCUCAAGAAAGGAAGCAGUCCCCUAGGAUUUAGUAUCGUUGGAGGUUCUGACCAUGCCAGUCAUCCCUUUGGAAUGGACGAACCAGGAAUAUUUAUAUCAAAGGUAGGAGGUUAUUGAUCACUGUGCCAUGCUACAGCAAAUCAUUUUGAACCCAGAGGUCAUAGUUAAACGUGUGAUCUGAUCGUUCCACAUGUCUACAACAGUGUUAUGUUCUUACGCAACAGUUGUAACGCAAGGUUUUUUAAGGGACAAGGCUUGUAUCUAGUCGCCAGGAUAAAAUUUUAAAAAAUAUGCCUUCCUCUCUUCAGACGUUCGUUUGCAAAAACCGGAAGAACUCUAAACAACCUAACUGGCUUCGCUCUGACGAAAGACUAACGCGCGAAACGUCAGAUUUAAAAACUCUUUACGAUGGUCAAUUUACAUUAUCAACUCCGUCGGUAUAACUGAAUUAUCUUGUAAUACCCUUCAUCGACGCAGCAUCACGGUUUCUUUCUAACUUUUAUUUCACUUUUUUAAUACUUCUAUCUUGCCGCCUCUUGUAGAUUGUUUCAAACGGAGUUGCCGCCACCACUCAUCUGAGGGUCGGAGAUAGAAUAAUGCUGGUAAGGAAUCGAUUUUCUUGAUACAUGCUGGUAUUAUUUGCUGGUCUGUACUAAACGUUCAGUUUGUAAACGGUGCGUGAUCGUAGAGUGCAUUACAGUACAAUACAAGACUUUAUUUGACAGUGAACCAUGCCUAGCUAAUGGUCAUAGCUUUUCGACUGAGUGUUUUAAAACCAAAACCGAAGUCCUCAUAUCAACCAAUCAGAGUCAAGGGAGAUAUCACAAUGAGCCAUUGAGAAUUUGAGGUGGAAACAUUCUCUGCUCAAAGCGCGAAAAAAAAAGGAGUGACCAAGUCGUGAAUGGUUUAAGUUUUGAAUUCGCUUGGUUGAGAAAUAGGCGCGAGUUUUCGGGAGAAGCUUAUCAUGAGCCUGUUACAAGAAUAAAUACAUAUUACAUAACAACCUCUACUUUUGAUUAAUUAGGGGAGGCAGGCCAAGUAUGUAACUCGUAAAACGACCCUCCUUUAGUAUGGAAUCGUGAAUAUACCUAUUUCAAAUGAAAGCGCAAAUUUUUGUGCCAUUAAUUAGAGAAAGAGGUCUUUGAAUGCGGCUGUUCCCUUCCUCGGUACAUGCUCAGACACAACUGAUUUCUUUUGUGACCAGAUUGAAUGGAAUACUUGGAUGUUUUGUUUGGUUGCUGGCUUAGUUUUGGAGUGGAGUCCGCUUGUCCAAUUCUUUGUUUAAUUUUCAGUCAGCUUAAUGAGUUUGUUUGACUCCGGAAGUGACUCAGUUGAUGUAAGAGACUCUAUGAUUUCAAUGACUGUUUCAGUACAUGCAUGCUACUUGCUAUUUAUACCCAAAAUCGAAGUUUUAUGAUUGUAUUUGGUAGACCGUUACGUUCAGAGCUAGGGUUCUGUUUCAACUUUGUAAGUUUUUUUCUCGUUGACACCAGGUUGUAUGCGAUCAAAGGUAGCUAGGGUUUCGUCAAUUGUUGUCGGAUUAAUUUGCUGGGAAUGGAAAUAUAGGAACUUUUACGUUGUUCCAGCGCGACUCUCGUUCCCAAAAGCUUAACCCUUUAACCCCUAAGAGUGACUCGCAUCUAAAUUCUCCCUACAAUAUCAUCCCUAAAUCACACAUUAAGGUCACGAGAAUAAAGGAAAUGAUCGCCAACUCAAAAAGCUCUCGAUUGUUAAACAAGUUCUCCUUAUCAGCAAGUUAAAAAACGUGUGGAGAACAGUAUAGAGAAUAUGCAUACUGAUGUUCGGGUGUAAAGGGUUAAGCAAAUUUCAUGAAAGUGUCCUAAAGGUAAAGAAUUAGCCUUAGUAGACAGAGUGUUAGACAGAGAACCCGCUGAGUCCAACAUCUAGAUGUUUUGUUACAGUGGAUAAUGAAAUCGAUUUGCCUGUCAUGAUUGAUACUGGUACACGUCAGUCUUAAAGAGAUUGUUGGUGGUGAAAUAAUUGAAAUGAAGUGGAGUUUUUUAAUUUGGUAGAACAGGAAAUUUUUGUAGUCAUUAGUGUCUGCAUUCAAACAGUUUAUUUUGUGGCUCCAUGUAAGUGUUGUCAAUAGAAAACCUAUAUUACUGAUUAUUAUAUAAUGAAGUUUCUAUUGAUCGAGUACACAACAGUAAAACCUUUUUGCGUGCGUAAGUUUUAAGUAAAAAAUCCAGUGGCAAAAGGUCAAAUUAAAAUUGCUUCUCGUUUCGUGGAGUGCGGAAUAAAGGUCUAGGCGCCUUCUGAUAUUGGAAGUAGGCGCAUUCGGUGGCGAAAAAUUAAUGCCGACAAGUCUUGAACAUCACAUGUAACUACAAGAUGUAUCUAAUUUACUGAAAGUGAAGGACUCUCAAAAGAGGUGUUGUUCCUAGUGAUCUUUCAGUGCAUGGGUUCUUGUUGUACAAGCAACCAGCCUCGGUUCACACGCUUUCGUGUCAGAAAAUGCCACAGACAGUUAGAAAAACGCCAGUUUCCGUGCUCAAUCUUUUUUGUUAAAAUAACGCUAAUUAAUCGGCUGAAAACCGCCGGCAAGCUCGUUGUCAAAGGGACCGCCAUCACAGUUAAACACUUGUGUCUAAAAGCAUUCUUUUUACUUUUUUUGUGAAUACUGCUGCUAAUAUGUGUUUGAUCGCCGACUAUACAACUCCAAAGACCCGUCGGUUCCUCAAAGACGUCAGGUCGCUCGAAAGUGAACAUUUAUAGUGUUAAGCACCCCCAUCGGGGUCAUUAAAUGUGUUUACAUCACAACCUGAAAUACUUUGUCUCUGAAAAGAAUCAAUUCACUCGGGAAUUGGUAGUGUUCGCUCGACUACAUUACUUACGGUCGAGCUGUUUAUUUAAGCUCUGUAACGUUGUCAAAGCAAUCAGUGAAUUGAAAACCUGACGUAGAACAGUGUUUGUGAGCAUUUUGGAAAAAGUAUCGGAGACUAACCAUCACAAGUGCUAUGAUUGGAGUGGAUAUAGUCAGAAGCUGGCCGUGCACGACUUCUUUGCGGAGAAAGGUGAAUUGAGAGAAAUAAACCUCUUGCUAUGACUGCUUGGUUCUGGAAGUGUCGCUUUAUAGUUUUUCUUGGAACUUAAGUCCAUGGUUUUACUGAACUAGAAGCAAUCGAUUGAUCUAAUUUCCGUGCGGAAGAAGAAUUAGUGUGCGAGGUUUUUUUCUUUAAGUAAAUUAUGUAAUAAAAGCAAGUUUGAAACUUUUAUACAAGUUUAAGAUUUUUUUCUCAUUUCGUUCGGUCGAUUUUUUUGGGAAAACUAAUCACUGUCUUCUUAUUUUAAAGGUUGUAGAUCUAGAUUGACCUAAACACGAGUUGACCGUCCGUCAUCUUUUAUUUCCUGUAAUAGAUCGAGUUGUUUAUUACGAAAUUUUUAAUUUGGAUAUUGUAGGCGACAGACAGUAGUUCAUGAUAUUUUCAAUGGUUUUCAUGACAUCGAUAAUGAGGAAGGAUUCGUAUUUGUUUUGAAGGGUUUUAGGGUAGGCAAUUCCGUGUUCGUCCAGCUUAAUGAAAAUCUGAACAUAAAGUUAUGAGUCUCGUAGCGAAGCUGAGCAUUUUUUAGAGCUCAGACGGUUUUCUGACUGAUGAGUUCUUCAUUUAAUUUAGUGUGGAUAUGAAGCUGUCAAUAAGUGCUUUGGGAUGUCUGUAGAACGAUGCGUCUUGAUUAGCAGUUAGUUGAGUAGAUUUUUUUCUCCAAAACCAUCCAACGCUUUUGUUUGUCAUAGGUAAAUGGAAAAGACAUGAGGAACGCUACUCAUCAAGAAGCCGUGGCAGCACUGAUAGCUAAUGUCUCACUCAUAAAACUUCUGGUCCGCCAUGACCCACCACCUAAAGGACUUCAGGUAUGCAUAAUUAUUGUGUCUAACUAUAAUUAGUUACUUUUUCAUCCCUCAACAAAGAUCUAUCUGCUCACGGGGAAAAAAGUUAUCAAAAUAUAUUUUCGCUAUCUGUCAGCUCACUCACACUUUCGUGUUUAUUAUGUAAUGAGUAAAUAAAACAAUUGUGUGCCGAAGCGUAACUUGUUUUUGUGGUCUUCGAGGGUAGAGUACGAUCUCUGUCCAGUCAAAUGCACUGUGCAAAACUCGUUUUGAUUAUUCAGCCAUUAACUCCUUAAAAAGACAAAAUUCCUUAGAGCUGUUUCGGCGGUUCUCAUGCUAACGAAAAAUAAAGUUUCAUUCAGUUGAUUACAUUUGUGAACUUUCAUUGUUUUCCGUAGUCUCUUGUGUAAGCCAGAGGUUUAUUAUAGUGAAAACGCUAUCAAUUUGCCGUGUUUAUUUUACCAGUUUUAAUGGAAUUCUCUAAAAAGUAUUCCUUUCGUCGUUUUCCGCACUUUUCAAGAGUUUUGUCACCCAGACGCAGAUAUUCCUUCUCUGUUUUUCAUAUAUUUAUUAAUACAUCAAAGAAGGCCGGCACAUCGCGAAGCCUUUUACAUCGACACCUUUGUCAGACACGCCUUGCAUUUUAUUCUCGCAAGCUACAAUAAAUAUCUGGGUGGUAGUUUGUUUUGAAGCAUUAUCAUAGCUUUCAGUUUCAUUGUUGCAUUCGGGGUUCAGUCCGUGGUUGAACUUGAUUUUAGCGUGUCUUGUUGGUCUAAAAUAUUUGUUUACAAUGCCAUUUGUUAGGUUAAUUGGCCGUCUAGCAGGCGGAGUUAAGUGAUCUGGGUUAAGCUUUAGUGUUUUGUUGGAUCCUAGCACUGUUGUCUGAUGUAAAAUCCUUUGAACCAUGGCUAUGAUCCAUUUCCAUUUUCUCUCUUCUUGUGUUGGUGUAAAUGUGCGAAAAUAGCUUAGGAGAGUUACUUAAAAGAUCAGGUCUUGGGAAGGCAACAGAUUUGAGAUUGAAUACUCCAAAGUUAUCGUAGAGGAAAUGUGUGAAUGAUUUGAAGGAGAAUUUUGAUCUGAACCAUUCAUACCCACAGACCUAAUGAGCAAAGAUUUACUUAAUUUCUUUCUUGGUUCCCACGCACUGACUGUGAAUGAAGCCGUUGUUGUCUUCUCCGGAAGAAGAGUAUUUUAGCUGAAUACAAUCGGACUUUUCUCUAUCGUCUAUCUUUUUUUUUUUCUAGAAACAAUAGACUUGCUUUUGCGAGCCCAUAAAAAGCAUCGAAACCGUAACUUAAAGGAGUGAAUGAGCGUACUAAGAAUUUUUUUUCAUAAUUAUUUGGUGACUUUGGAUUUUAACAUCUUGUUAGGAUUUCAAGUCGAAAAAUUCAAGCAAUAAACAACCGUUCCACUCUUUUUGCUUUGCACGCGCAUAUAUGCCGUCACGUGACUCUCAAACAGACGGCGGCAUGUUGGCUAUCCAUGUGUUAAUCAAUCAGAGAUCAAGUUUGUGAAAUCUGCGUAAUCAGACGACGAUAUGUUGUACGUCUGGUUGUGUCAAAGCUUUACUCAGCUGAAUACAUUUGAGACUUUUUACGUCUAAUUCAACAACUACGUGUAACUCGGUUUUUUUUCCUUCGUCAAAAAUAGGAGGUCUACCUCCACAAAGGUCCAGGAGAGAGACUGGGUAUCAGUAUAAGAGGUGGCGCUAAAGGACACCCUGGUAACCCGUUAGACAAGUCAGACGAAGGAAUAUUCGUAUCUAAAGUGAACGAAGGCGGUGUAGCUUACAAAGAUGGGCGGCUUAAAGUUGGACAAAGAUUGCUGGAGGUUUGUUAAGAAAAUAGAAAUAACGCCCAAACAUUUACCUUUUGAAUACUUUAUAUUGUAUUUUUGUCUUUGCAGAGCUUUUUUAGUACGUCAGAUAUUGAAUUUUUUUUAUUAACUACUAUUUUCUUCUCUCAAAAUUUUCUUAUUAUACUCCAGUCGAGCGGUACUGAAAAAUCUGGGUUCCGAAAAUGAAGCUAACUUUUCACGAAUUUUAUUUUAUUGGCGUGUGAAACCAAUUCAUUAAGUAUGUGGUGUUCGUACUUAAGGAAUAGUAUCUCAUUCUGUUAUACCUGUUCAGUAGAGUAUACUUAAUUAUUUUUAAGUUAAUCACUUUUUCUAUCGCUUUGUUCCAUGAAGUGACCUUUUUUGAGAGGCUCCUUUUAUGAAGGUGUUCUUGUAAAGCGUUCAAACGCGUCCGGCUCUUUAGCCAAUUAUCACUGUGUAUUCUUCUCCUAAGGUCAACGGUACCAGCCUUUUAGGCGCCACACAUCUGGAAGCCGUGCGAUCGCUCAGAGGGAUUGGGGAUGAUUUAACAUUACUUGUUUGUGACGGGUUUGACCCGGCUGAAGUUCCCGCGGGACAGCACGCGGCCUGGCAAGCAAGUCCCGUAGCGUCAAUCAACUCUGGAAAAUCACAGAGCCAGGAGUCCUUGGAACGAGACAUCAUCCCAUCAAACGAAAGAGCGUACGAUGACAUUAGAAGAGAGAUUAAAAGACAGGUUGGUGGAAGUUGCUUAUUUAUUCAUUUUUGUUGAUAAAGUAAUCAAUGCCUGCUUCGAAAAAAAUAUCGGAGAGAGGUGCUUCUAGCUAGGCGGCAUACUUAAGCAAGGCCAAAUGUUCGCUCUGAGGAAGGGCUAACGCCCAAAACGUUAAAUUUGAAACACUUUACGGUGGCCAAAUUGCAUUAUUUACUCAGGUGAUAAUACCAUUUUAUCUUCUUAUCAAAGCAGCACCACAGUUUCUGUAAAAACCUCUCCCCUUUUUUCAUAAAGUACUACAAUUGUUUAAGAGGUGGAAUCGGGUUUUCUAAGAGAGUCUAGUCACGAUUUGAUUUUAAUUGCGUGACACUGGCCUCUUAUCUCGUCAUGCUAUGAGUAUUACUUGUCGUAGUGACGUGACGGCAUGUUUAUCGCACCUCUUUUGGCGUGGGGUCAAAACUUAAACAUCAACUCAGUAAUCUCGGAAACAUUUUGGAAGGGAAAACAUACAGCCCAAAGGCUAUUUAUGGUCAGUCUUUCUUGUUUUUAUGUCACACUAGUACUUACAUGAUCGUGAUUAAAGAUCUGUAAGAGAUCUCUGAGGCUAUCAAAUUAAGUUUUACAGUAGCGAACGCUUGAGUUUAGAGGAGGUCAUGUUUCGGCAAUAAUAGUUAUCAGAAAGUUUUCUGCUGGCAUCUUUUUCUUUGAUUUCCAAAGGAAUUCUGAUAAUUCUCGCCCAUGAGCUCUGAACUGAGCAAACGCUCAAUAACUAUAACAUUUUGUCGAGCACUCGUUUCUGAUUUUCUGUAAAUCCCGUUUUUUUACAAGAGAUUUAAAUGAUUAUGUGUUGACGUACAUGAAGGGUAUUUCCCCUUCAAAUGUAUGCUUCCCUCUCUUUUUAGUUUAAGGAAUGCCUUCAUGCAGAUCUUGAUUUUGCCUGCCUUAAAGAAUUUUUUUUUAGGUGAAACAUUUUUGUGCAAGGAAAAAUAUGGUUUUCAUGUAAAUUGUUUGAAAUGCUUAGGUAAUCCCCUUAAUCGGAUUGAAUAUAAACUCUCUUAUAAAGGGUUCAUUUGUUAAAUUCCGAGAUUAAGAUUUCACAUGUUUGGUGGCUAAUCUUGUAAUGGAGGGAUUUGAAAAAUUCGAGAUAUUUUCUCAUUACGAAAGCGUAAAUUUAACACUGAAUCGUCAAAAGGGAAGUGAAUGCGCUCUAUAUCUUCGGACUGCUAGUACUCACCAGGGGUGGGGGGGGUAGUGGGGGAGGGGGGUUGACAGAAGAUUCAGACGGGCUAUGUCUUCACUGGCGCUAGAGAGUUUCCGAAGAGAAUUUCGCUUUGCUAUUGAACUGAGAAAAACCGAUAAAAAGUCAUUUUAACGGUGCGUGAAUGUUAAACCCGUAAACAACGCAAGAAAAAUUUGUAAAAUACACGUCAGUUUUUUAUAUUCCUAGUUAAUCCCUUUUGCAAAAGCAUUUUCCACCUCUUCUACGUAAGACAGCUCGAUAAAAUAAACGUUUAAAGUUGAAAGUGUUUUCUUUUUGGCAAAUACAUGUUACAUCUUCUUGGUGCUUCGAAUGAAUGAAAUAUCUGUUACUCUGUUUAAAGUGACUCACGAGACGUUUUGCAGUAUUCAGACCUGUUAAUGAUGACAGGCAGGCUAAAUUUUAUUUCCUAAAGUACUUAACUUUAUUGAAAAAGGCUUAUCGAAGCUUUUUAAAUGUGUGCACUCGGUUAGCACUUAAGCCACUCAUUUGUUCAACGAACAUUGGGAUAGAUAUUGAACAAAAGGAAACCUUGAAUGAUAAUUAACAGCUCUGCGAGAAUUUAAAGGAGAAAGCAUGUCUCUAGUUUUCUUUUAUAACUGAUUCUUUAGAGUUUGGAGAAAGGAGUGUCUUUGCUCUGCACUCAAUAGCGUUUAGAGAUGGUAAUGAAUAAUUUCUUAUAAGAACUACUGGAAUGGUUUUGUCAAACGCGCGUGUUGAUCUAAAUUUCCGUUCUCUGUAACAAGAGACCGACCUCUUAUAUUAGACCUAUUGCAGCGAGCGUGCCAACUACAUUGUCUGAAAUGCAAAUCACUCCAUCGCAAAACCAAUCACCAAAUCGAAUUGUGUCCAUUUACGGAAGAUUUUCAAUUAUUUUUCAGUCUUAAAAAACACUCUCGACUAUUUCUUCGUCAUUUUCCCGAUUUAUUUUAUUAUCUUGGGAUUACCUGUGUAUCAAAUAGUCAAUUUCGUUGGCGUAUUUGAUUUAAGUAAACAAUCGUUGUGACGUGUUCGCUGCUCAUAAAGCUCUUCUUUGUUUGAAUAUAAAGAACAAGUGACAUAUACUGGGUUGGUAAGAUGCUCCAGGCUCUAUAUUAAAUCGCUUGUUAAGAGCAAGUUGCUCUCAGAUUUUAAAGUGUAUUGAAUGAUACUGGAUGACAAUCGAUCGAAUACAUAGCUCUGACGUUAUAAAAUGGCUAAAAUUGAUAUUAUGUCAAUUCUACAACAGCACGUCAAGGACAAAUUGGUACUUUUUAUUUCGCUCGGUUGUUCGUGUGUAGUGGUUAUUUUGUGCGUUUGAUGUUGGUUUUUGCCUAAUUUUUACCCCCAUGUUGGUUAACUGCGAGUUGACAUCAACCAAAAAAGCCCUUUGUCAUUUCAUCGUCUCCCAAUUUACGAGAGAAGUUCAAGUGUAGCCGUGUUUAAUUGCUAUAUUUAAGAACUGUUCCUCUGUGUUUGCGUAGGAAUAUAAUUUAUCCCACCAUAACUCCAGUUUUCCUUCGAAGCGUCCAUGCCCCUCUACUCUUCAAAAGGCAUUUAUAAAUUGGUAUUUUAACUUCCAUUGUUGCUGUUUUUUUAUUAGGAAGAAGAAGCUAGGAAGGAAACCGAACGGUGGGAGAGAGAAGAACAGGAGAGACAGGUUAGUGGACCGUCGAUUACAUUGUCUCUCGUGGGUGGUACUUUUAAGUGGCUGUCAGGAGGUUACGCUUCAGUUCUUUCGAUUUGUGGUUAUAUUUCGCGCGUCAUUUGCAGUUUUUAUUCGACUUCCUCUCUUCGUUGUUCGUCAGACAACAAAAAUAUCUCUAUCUGUUUGAGCUACCUUCUUCGCUUUGAUGCCUCCACGCGAAAUGUUUGCCGUCUGUUUGGUGGGCUGUCGAUUUCGAGGUCCUUCGGAGGUAACACUGACUGCUGUCAUUAUUUUGUUGUAGAUCGGUAGUGGUAGUGAGAACCACCCUUUAGCCCUUGCAGUGAGGUUUAUUUUGUACGCGUGAAUUAAUCGAUAGUCGAAAUCAGUAAUAGUGUAGUUCACAAGUUGUGUUCUCGAUUGAGUUCGAUACAUCUGUUAAAAAAAAAAAAAGAAACCUUUCGGUUCUUGUUACAAAUUGUGCUGAGGAUGCAUGGGUAUAUUUCUAGGGAAUCGUCAGAUUUUAGUUUCUGUUUGCUCAGAAUCGCGGUAUUGUUUUCACAAACAGUCGAUUCUAAUGGUUACCACUGGUUGCAGCAGAUAAUUAUAAAGAGAUUGUAAUACUAUGAGAAAGUGGGAUGAUUCCAAACACGUUCGGAUAGUUGAUUUCACAAAGUUUGUAUUCUGGUUUAGGAGUGUGUCAUUGAUUGGUGUGUUUUGCGUGACAAGAACCGUGAAACUGCAAAAUCUAUAUUCAUGUUUUGUUCGAUCGUCUGUGUGCAUACAAUUUUGUCAGCAGCGUUUAUUUAUUUCAUUUCUCGCCAAAUUUUGUCCAUUCGUACUUCUGUGAUUGUCUAAGACAGUGAUACUCAUUGCUCCCUUUUUUUCUACAUCGGCGUUUAAAGGUUCCUUGUGUUAUAUAUUUGAACAUUGCUUUUACUUUCUCUUCGUGAAUACUCCUGAUUUAUUCAAAAUUCCCUUAAAUUGUCGUAACAUUUUGUAUUGUUUUUUGCGAAGAUCAAACGAAUUUGAUCAUUAACGAACAAUAUAUUUUACGAUGACAAAUGAGGUUUUCAACAUUAAGGGCUAAGAUGAUUUUCUCGUACAUGUGACGUAUUUUACAAGUAGGGAGUCAAGUUUGAAUACUGAAAAUGAACACUAUUAAAUCACGUUUCUCAGUAAUGGACUUUCUAUGUUCACAAAAUAUUUCGUUUUCCUCGUCUUUAGUCAUCUUUCGCUUUCAACUGAACUUGAAGUAUCCAAAUAGAAGUUUUCGUAUUCAUGUUGAUAUCACUGUACUUUGUUUAUUUACACAGCAGUUGUGUUUAACUGUGAAUUGCAUGACGACAUUCUUAUAUUAAUUAUCAUGUUAAGAUGAAAAAUUAACGAAGAGUACUCAACUUCAGGGCUCGAAAUUAGCACUCGCAAACUCGCGAAAUGCGAGCGGUUUUUCGAAGUUGCGAGUCUAAAAAAUAUCCUCUAGCAAACUAGGUUCCUUUUGCUAGUAAAAAAAAUCUUACUAGCAAAACUUUGCUAGUAGACAAAAAAGUUAAGUUCGAGCCCUGAACUUUUAUCUCUGAAAUAUCGAACAAGUGUUGCAGAACGCAAUUUAUUCAAGUGAAAUAUGUGAUAUUUUGUAAUUAGCUUACGUGACAAAAACCUAUUUCUCUGUUUUCAUGGAGAUGUUUGGUAGUAUUUCUGUUUUCAUGACCGUUGAUUAGUUGGUAACAUUGCUUCUGUUGUGUUCCAGGAAGCUCUUCGUAAACGUCUUGAAGAAAGCAAAGGAGCCGGUGAAGAGAAACUUGUAAGUAAUAUUCUUUCCUGUUCUGAUCCGCUCUAUACACCUUUAUUGAACGUCGCAAAAAAAAUUUCUAGUUGUCACUAUCCGGCCGUACGAAGUAGUAACUUGUAUCUAAGUUAAAGAAAAUCACACACGUUUUCAAGAAUGUUAGAGUAUCACAUCAGAUUAUGCUGUACUAUUCUUGGCCAAUGGUUUCCUAACUAUUUCGCAACCGUUAUCGUUGGCAUUUAUCUACAAAACGGUUGUUGCCCUUAAUUUGACCUUGAAAAGUUAGCUCGGCAAGCAUAAAUCAAGAAAUAGACUUGACAAAUGGAAAAAAAAAAUGAAUAAUAAAAUAAAUGAAGUGGCCUCAGCACUUUCCUAAUGGUUUGAAAGAGUAUAAUAAAGAGUUUAUGGUACGUUGUUUUCAAGUACACUUUAUGUGAUUGUUUAUCUCUCGAAACACACCGAAGUAAUUACCGUGGGAAGAAGCACUGCGGUUUGCGUAACUUCUUUGCCAAUGAUUUGCUUCAACGGCUCCAAACAAUCAUAGGGCACAAGGUUAAGAUAUGGUUGAGAUGUGGUUUGCCGGCUUUAUCCCUGUUACGAAACAUGUCUGAUUUUGGGUGUUGCAAUGAUUUUAAAGUUUCUCGCGAAACCCAAAAAAGAAAAAAAAUCACAGAGGCUACUUUACCCACGUAUAGUAACGUCACAAUAGGCCAUUGUCUGUUUCUAGUCUAAUAAUUCCGCUACUUCAGGAGCACAACAAUAAAACCGUAAGAGGCUGUUAACACAUUUUAUUUUUAACCCUCGUGUUUUUCCCUUGUUUCAGGGUCAAAACAGAGCUGUUACAGGUAAAUAAUAUUUCCUUGUAGAAAAGAAUCAUUUUUCCAAGGAUCUGAGUGUGUUUCCUUUGAAUGCUACUUAGAUAUUGCACAACCUCUUUAAUCCUUGUUACAUCUUGAAUUAGAGCCUAUAUCAGUUGAUUUCAUAACAUUGCAAUCACUUGUGAGUUUAUCUUCACGCGUUUGUUUUAAGACAAGUAAUCCCGCCUUGACAAAUCGUUGUGUCUUUUGAUUUCCUAAGGAUUGGAACAUGCCAAUAGAGACGCUGAGGUAGCUGAAAAGAUGAACAUCGAUCACAAAUGUCAAAACAGCGACAUAAACGCGUCCUCUCCGCAGUCGCCAAAACGCACCUUGACCGCGGCCGAAAGACGUGCGCUAGAGGCAGAGAAGCGCGCAGCCAUGAGACAACAGCGCAUGCGCGAACUCGAAGAAGACGCUAUGAAAGCGCAAGUCGUUAUUGCCCAGGUGAAGGCAAUGUCCGCCUCUUCGCUCGAGACCCUCGCGAUCAAUUCCCCGGAUGCGGAAAGGAAAGCCAGUGAUAAUGAAUUUCACGACAGUAGCUCUGGAGGUCUGGGGCGGAGGUCCAGCGGCUCAUCAACAAAAUCAACAUAAUGCAGUGUACAAUUUACACAGAGAAGUAUUAAUCAUGUGACUGGAAAUUCUCAUUCAGGUUCUUAAUGAACUAGAGACUGGAAUGAGAUAUGCAGAAUGAAAAGGAGCCCUGGGACGGGUCUGUUUCCGUCGAGGACAUGUGAGAUGAUUGUUGGAGAACCAGAAGACUCGCGAAUCUGAACAUUUUAAUUAUUUUUAAGUACUUACUUUUAUGUUAGUAAGUUUAGUUUACAACGAAAUUUACUUGUAACAUAUAGCUUCUAUUUUAAAUCGUGGAAUUUUUAAGGAGUAACUUAAGAUUUCUUUUCAAAUUGAAAAGACACCAAAGUGAAUUACCAAGAAGUUAUCCUUUUUUCAGUUACAGGGGAUCAGACAAAGAAAAUUAUCAAAGAGUUUGGGAGUUUUAUCGGACCUAGCGAGUUCUUAUCGUCUAUCAAGGUUUUAAAAGUCGGGAUUCGGAUAAUUUUGUUUUAUUUUACCUGUAAAUGUUUUAGUUAGAGAAGAUAGAUUUUUUAGAUAAAUGAAGAAGGAAGUUUGUCGCCGAGCGAGCGCUCCGCCUGAAUUUUGUUAUUUUAAUUCUAUUUUAAAUCUCCGUUUUUGCGCAUUUUACUUGCUAAAUUUCUCUCGUGAACUUUCAUUUCCUAAUCCAAAUGUGAUAUCGAUUUAUAGAGUGUAUUUUUUAUUUUAAACAUGGAGUGAGUAUGUGAAGUGAAAGUCCUGUUUGGCACUCAAGUGAUUUCCUCAGAAAAAGGUUACUAUCAUCUGUUUUCUUGAGCGAAUCUGAAAGCUCAAACACUUCAAACUCGUGCUUGUUUUUAAAGGAAUCGUGUUCAAACAGGUCUUGAAAUAUUACAGACUACAGAAAAUUUAAAAAAACUUACAAUUUACAAACUGUCUUACGGUUACGAUAUUUCAUUGCUCAACUCUGUUUGACACGUUUGCUUAUUAAUGAUAGCGGUGUUAGAUUUUGGAGAUGUUUGUCCUCAAGUUUCCGCAUUCAAGUUGUUAUCGAUAUAAAUACUUGUCAUCUAUUUGUACUUGUUCCUGUCACGAAAAAGCAUCCCGUUGACGGGAAAUCGUGCUCAAACAUUCCUCAAACCUACUUCGUGUGGUAACGCAGUGCGUUUAGGAGGCAUGGCAAGACCUUCCAAGGUAGCUAAAGUAGCAAGCAUACUUCACCUGAUUCAAAUUUUGAUAUUGAGAUCUGUGGCCUUAUUCUUGAGUAGAAAAUAAAAACAACUUAUCAUUAAGUCUUAAAUCAAUGUAGAUAAGUAUUUUGGAUCUUUGUACAGUAUAAAGAGCUACCUUAAAGCCUGGAUACAAUUUAUAAUUCUCCUUACUUUCCCUUGUGCAUUUGUUCAAGGUAAAGUUGGGAGAAAUUUAACAUACAUAAUUACCUGAUUACUCAAGUUUUAAUGAUAUUUUGAACAAAAUAGAAUCGGAACCGUACUCUGGGUUUAGGGGUUACGUUUGUAGAACACAUAUAUAAGAGUCGGCAAGUGUCUUGAGAUGUAACUUUCAUCAUUUCCUUAAGAAUUUGUUAUAUUUCUGAUUACUCCCCAUGGUUGGAGCAUCCUCGCUCCCCGGUCUUUGUUGGAGUUAAAUGAAACUGGGGCCGGGGAACAAGGCUUGCAUUUAAUGUUAAUAUCUCUGUGCUGUCUGUAAUAUGGCGCUUAAAGAGUUUUAUAAAUAUACAGACCAUUUAACAGUGCC